AUGAAACAGACAAUAGCAAGAGUAUAUCACAGUGUCCAUUUUUUAGAUCUGCUUCGACAGGAACGAGCGACGGUCGGAGUCUCCUAUGAAAAUGCCGUUGAAGACGAGAAAGAGCGGCUGUAUGCUGCGGACAGAUUCGUCAGGGGUGGGGGCGGGUAA